AUGGCUAGAGAUCAGUCUGAUGACCUCCAAAAUCCAUUCUUCCUUCACAGCGCUGACCACCCCGGUUUAGUUUUGGUAUCCAAUCUUCUCAACAGGAACAACUACAACACAUGGGAGAGAGCAAUCAGGAUAGCACUAACAGCUAAAAAUAAGUUGGGAUUCAUAGACGGAACCCAUGAUCAACCAAGCAGCACCGACCCCCAUGCCGUAGCUUGGUCACGUUGUAAUAGUAUGGUGGUUUCUUGGUUGCUGAAUGCUGUCACCAAUGAGAUAGCUGACAGCUUGUUAUAUCAUGAAAGUGCACAAUCCAUCUGGACCGAUUUACAGCUCCGUUAUCAGCAGAGUAAUGCACCCCGUAUUUAUCAAUUGAAGCAGAGCAUGAACAAUCUUACUCAAAGAUCACUCAGCAUCAACACAUACUACACACGAAUGAAAAUAAUCUGGGAUGAACUCAAAACCUUCCAACCAGCUCCAAGCUGUCACUGCGGAAACAUGAAGGCGUGGAAUGAUUAUCCGGAACAAGAGUUUAUAAUGACUUUCUUAAUGGGAUUAAAUCCCUCCUAUGCUGCUGUUAGAGCCCAAAUUUUGAUGAUGGAAUGCUCUCCAUCCAUUUUGAAAGUCUUCUCGCUGGUGGUGCAGGAGGAACGACACCGUGCAAUCGAGCUCGACUCACACGCAGAAACAGGUCACGGUUCUGCACCCUCUGUUGCCCUAACUCAAGGAAGAAGGAGACCCAUCUGUUCACACUGUGGGCUUGUGGGCCACACUGUGGACAGAUGUUACCGCCUACAUGGAUACCCACCGGGCCUCAAGCCCAAGCCCAAAACACGUUUUAAUGAUGGAACUGUGCAGGCCCAAAAACAGACCCACAAUGCUCCAGCUGUCUUUGAUGAGGGCAUGCACCCGACCACAAGACAAGUGCAGAAUUUUUCCGACUCUCUCGACAACUACUUACCGGGAUCUCAUCCCGCUGCUUCUAUCGAUAACUUAAGCACAUCGCAAAUUCAGAACAUUAUUGCUCACCUAAGUGCACGCCUCCACCAACCCAACACCGCCAUCAUGCCUGACACUCUAUCUCUCUCCAUAAGUCAUACCACCCUUGACCCUCACGCGGCAGGAAUCACCUUGUGCCAAAAGAAAUAUGCAUUGGAUCUCUUAACUGAGACUGGAUAUCUUGGUUGUAAACCCUCAUCUAUUCCUAUGGAUCCUAAUAUCAAAAUGUCUAAAGAUGAUGGCGAGCUCCUGAGUGAUAUCACCAGCUAUCGGCGACUAAUUGGAAAACUGUUGUGUUUAACCAUCUCUCGCCCUGAUAUAUGCUACUCUGUCAAUAGAUUGAGUCAAUUUCUGGCUGCUCCUAGAACCAGUCACCUCCAAGCCGCCUUACGGAUUCUCCAGUACAUCAAGAGAACCCCUGGACAAGGUCUUUUCUUUCCUUCAUCAUCUGCCAUUCAGAUUAAGGCCUUUUCUUAUGCUGAUUAG